UGAGAUCACGCCUAUAACCGGUAAAGUGCAGUUUAAAGUGUACAGGAUAGACAAGGAAUCUAACGGUAACAUAGUUGCAGAUGAUGGUGUAAAAAGUGAUAACUGUGCUUUCUUAGUGUUUGGGCAUUACUGUUGUAAAGUGGUGAUAUUAAAAGUUGUUUUUAAAGAUAAAAAUAUUUUUUUGCCCAAAUUACAUUUUGGUUCCUUCACUCAUUGCGACUGUGGUUUGCUCACUGUAUCAUCUGGCAGAAAAUAAGCUUUGAGAAGUCAACUUUAUAAUAUACAAUGCCAUAUUAGGAUGUUUCUGGACACAUGUUAAUAGUGUCUGUUGGCAAUAGGUGUGGUGCGAAGUGCGAGGUGGUCAGUGAUAGUGUUGUGUAGUGUAGUGAUGUGUAGAGGAGGUACAUUGGUGUUGUGGUACGCAGACCUGUGAUGUUCCCGUGGUCGGACAAGUGCCAGUCUGCACGUCUGCGCAGGACUCGCCGUCUCAGCGAUGAACGUGAUCUGUUGGAUCAGUGGACACAAGAGGUGUGCUGUGGCGAGGAGUUGCCUGAAGUAGAGAUCAUCAGUUUGCUACAAGAGCAGAUCCCCAGAUAUCGUCUCAGAGCAGACACACUUACACAGUUUACCGGAUACGAGAAUCAAGAUUGGUUCAUUCCUAGUCCAGCAUUGAAACCUGAGGAAUUUGAUGCUGCAGCACUUACCCCGGACCAGAUCCGAGAAACUCUAAACUACUUCCUUCUAUGCAGCAACCGUGUGAGCCAAAUGACAAAGACCUACAAUGACAUAGAGGCUGUCACGAGACUUCUUGAAGAGAAAGAGAAGGACAUAGAGCUCACAGCUCGUAUUGGCAAGGAGCUUCUAGCUCACAAUCAGAAACUUGAGGCAAAUGUUGCUUCUUUAGAGUCUGAGCUAAGAACUGCCAAUGAGAAGAUCACUCAACUCACUCAUGAACUGGUCAAGAAGACUGAGCUGAUACAGAUAUUAACCAAUGAUGUGGAGUCAGAAGGAGGAUCAGAGCCGGGGACCCCUGCAGGUACAGUCAACUGGGAGGUGCUGCAGAGACGACUGUCGCGGCUGGAGGAGGAGAACAAGUCCUUGCGAUGUGAGGCUACACAGCUGGCCUCUCAGACUGAGGAGUGUGAGGCUCAUGAGGCGAGAUUGGUGGCAGAGCUAGCGGCACAGUUGACGUUGGUGCGCACUGAUCUAUCUGGCGUGUCACUAGAUGCUGAUAGACAGAGAGAAGAAGCGAUGGCCACUAAGCAGCUGGCAGAGACCCUGCAGGAUAGGCUGAACACUGCGGAGACAAAGAUAACCGUGGUAACACAAGAGAAUGAAGAGCUGGUUCAGAUGGUGAACUUAGCAAGAGAAACACAAUGUGAGCUGGCUACUGAACUGGCAGAUCUUAAAGAGAGGUACACUGAAGUGGUCAACCUCCUACAAGAAGCUCAGGAAACUUUACGUAAGCAGCGCAAGAAGAGUCAACCACAGGCGCGUGGAGGACUGCUAUUCCCUUCUCUGCAUUCGUCUGUAUCUACCCACAACCCUGACUCCUUGGCCUCAGAACUCGAGUGUUCCUUGUUCUCCGAACUCAGCCUUGAUUCUGGAAUUGGUGCCAGCAAUACCAACCUGCCAAACUACAAGAAGGUGUUUGAGACGGUUAGAUGUGCUAGCAGAGCUGGAUCUCUAGGUAGUGACAGUACGGCUGGCAGCAGCCCUGGGCCAGGACCAAGGUAUCCCUCCCUUGGGAUUAUUCAACCUCUCACUUCAUCCUCCACUCAUCGGCCAAGAAUGUCCUCCAGUUACCUUCCGCCCAGAAGACUGUCCAGGCCGGCCCUAGACUCGGCUGGUGCUAGUGACUCUGAAUGUUCAGACACAGAGUACUUAAACAUGCCACCCAGUGGUGCAGGGACAGCCUCUCCCCAUGAGUUGGAGGCAGCACUGAGAAGGUUAACGCCAGGAGCAGUGGCAGCGCGACGGGCGGCUCUGGGCGACCAUGAGGAGUGUAGGACACCAGACUCCAUCAUGAGUACAGGCAGCAGCGGACUAGGCAGCUGGCGACUACCUGACAAGCUCCAGAUAGUAAAACCAAUUGAAGGGUCGAUGACACUACAUCACUGGAGCGAGCUAGCCACUCCGUCCCUGGGUGGGUUGUUGGAGGAGAGACCUGGGGUGAAGAUAAGGGGAGGGUUAGAGCUAGAACAGCUGGGACUAGAGCUGUACACAUUGUCUGACCUAGAGGAAGAUGAUGAGGUGUCACAUCCGGGCAAGAUGUUCCAAGACACAGGCAGUGUGUACACGUUCACGAACAGCACAGUAAUGCACCCUGACGACACUACCAGUGUCACUAACAGCUACCGAGGCAGCCAGAUGUGUACGGCUGUAAGCAGUAGAGUAUCCAGUGUGGUACCUACACCUGUGGCCCGCUCCAGACGAAACUCCACUUCUACCUUCUCGUCGUCUCUAGGACUUGCUAAAAUGUUGAAUGAGAGAGGCAUUAAGGCUGUUACUCCAUCGACUCUCCCCACUCCCAUGUUCAGCCCCACCGCCACUCCGGCCAACAGUCCAGACCACUCCCCAGACCACUCCAGGUCACCAUCACCUUCCCCCACGGCAACAUACUCUCCACUCGGUCUUCCAGGGUUCCUAAUGAGCAGUGGUGCAGAGCUCCUGCGUCGCACCCUGAUGGGGUCUGUUUCGACACCUAACAAGUCUGAACACGCAAGCCGCAGUCGCAAGUCUGGCGCAAUGGCCCGCAGACCUCUCAAGAGUGGGCCAGGAAUUGUAGAGACAUUAGAACGUAUAGGAUUGGAGCAACUGCUAGCUUCUACUACUGCUGCAUCAACAACUACAUCAGAGACACCCCCAUCCACAUCACUAGGGGUGCCAGCCACCCCUGGCAGCGGGGCCCUGGCCUCCCGUCUCAGUCAGGUAACCCCUCGCUCUGCCAGACAACCACGGCAGAGAGCUGACCUAGGUACAGUCCCAGGCCAAACCAACAACUCCCCGGGUACCUCCACCCUGGGCACACUCAGCUCAAUGUUGUUUGGUCGCAAAGGAGGUCUCUUGUAAAAGAACCAAUGACAGAGUCAAGGUCUCAUCCAAACAAUAUUAUACUUUAUUGUCAAAGCUUGUACUUAAAAGUAAAAAAAUAAACAGUGUAAAUCGUUUACACAGUUUAACAAAAAGUUAACAGUAAGUUAGAUUACAGUAUAUAUAAAAAAAAAUUAAGAUUUGCAUUACUUCUGCUCCUUAAUAAAAAUUCAUAUAAAAUUCUCUACUAAAAUUGUAAACUUCUGAAAACAAUAAAUGUGAUUGACAACUGCAAAUACAAAGGAAGGAAGGUAAUUACAAACUUUUGAAUUUUUAUCUGUGAAAUAUUGUUAAAUAUGUGUAUUGUUACAUUCUUAGCUUUUAAGAUUAAGUGCCUUGACUAUUGUUAAUGUUAUUGGUUCUUUGGAUAUACAGGACUGAGAUGUGGACAGCAAUGCAUGGCUCCUAAACAUGACUUUUUCAAGUCAUAUGUCUAUUUGAAAUGUCCAUAACUAUCAUCAUUCCAAAGUUUCUGAGAUUCGUAAUUUGUGCAAGGCAUUACGAAAAUGUACAUACUGUGUUAAGUUGUAUCGUAUCGAUCCAAAAUUACUUAACAAAAAAAAUGUCAUUUAGUCCUGUUUAUUUCAACCUUAUUUAAAACAUUCCUGAUUUUGUCUGGGUUCAUUGCACUGCUGUCCAAUUACAGUUGCUUAGUUAGGCUGUGUCACUGUUUAGUAGAAUUGUUAUAAUUUUAGGAGUAAAAUAUAGUUUAUAAGAGAAACUUCUUUACAAAUCAGUUUAAUAAAUGAUAAUACUUUUAGAAGUAACAUAAACUUUUUUCCUUUCAUAAAAUUUGGAGGCUGUUAUGAUUUAAUUGUACUGUAUAAAAAUUGCUUCUAUGGUAGUUAAAUAUGUGGGGAUAAAUUUAUUUUAUUUCCACUCUAUGCAAAAACACACAGUAAGCAAGUUAGUUAAUAAGGAAGUUGCUCUCAUUUCAUAAAGUAACUUGUUUUUCUAAUGAAUAUUUUUUACAACGAAAGACUAUUCAAACAGCAUCUUUUAAAUGUUUUCAUUAAAAAUUCAUAAGCUACCAUAGCAUGGUCCCGUAUAAAGCUAUUAGCUAAUGAUGUUGUGUUCCCAAAGUUCACAUCCCCACAGUGCGCUUAUUCUUUGAUUUAGCUCUUUCAGAGAUUUUUUCUUCAUCACAUAAUCAAAUAUAUUUUCUAAAUUAAAUUGUAGUGAACAAUUAUUAUUGUUUGACAAAAUAUUGGUAUUAAUAUUUUUUGUGAGGUCUUACUUUUACUACAGUACAAUAUUUUUACGUGCUAGUGCAUUUAUCGUUUACGUAUUCUUCUUUACCUUGGACACACAAAAGAUUGAAACAAAAUGCUUCCACAAUCCACACUACCCAAACGUAUUUAUGUAUCUCAAAAGCAAUACCUAUUAUUUUCUAGUCAUUUUUUCUUAAUUUUAAGUAUAAUUUUACAGCAAAUAUCCAAAUAUGGAAUAAGUGGUGCCUUUAAGCAUCAGUAUUAGACGGUGUCUAUUUUACUUUAAUUUAUUUACUCUAUUGAAGUUUUAAGGUAGCAAUAUGUUGUUUGUGUAUAUAGUGCUGUAUAUAGUGCUGUAUAUAGUGUUAAGCUGUCCGUUAAUCUGCUUGCAUAGAUAAGAAUGAGGUUGUGAGGCGCUUGUGCCAAUCUGAGUAGAUUGUGCAUUAAGUGCCGACUGGACAGAGUCUGUAAAUUGUCUGUAAAUAAUGUUGAGCUCAUUGGUCCUCUUAAGAAGUAUUAUUUAAACUUUAAUAAUAUGUUUCUUUUUCCUUUUUUUGUUGCCUUGGUGCUCAUAUUUUACAAUCCUCACUGUUUCUGUUGUGCUAUUUUAUUUCAUAACAAAUUAUAUCAUUUAUGCAAAGCAGCUCUUUGUCUUUUAGCUUUUUAUACAAUUUUAAUUUAAUAUAUUUUAAAUGUAUGAUUUAUAAAGUAUUUUAACAUAAUUUAACUAUCGAUAACUUGCAAUCUGAUAAUUUAUCCAGUAAGUUAUUGGUAUUCAAUUACUCAGAAUAAUUGUAUACAAAUAUAUUUUUCAAUAAUAUUCUGAAAAGGUAAGACUAUAGGUCAAUUUUAAAAUUAAAAUAACAGCUAAAUAGUCUGAAACCUAUAAAAUAAUUACUCUUAAUCUCUUAUUUUUACAAAUAAUGAAAUCUAGCGCACCAACUUAGUUCAUAAACUAACAAUAGGCCUAAAUAUGUUUUAAAACUGUUUUUCAAUUACAAUUCAGUGUGGUUCAGCUUAUGUCAUCUUAGUUUACAAUUUUUUUUAAUUUUGGCUAAAUAUAUAUUUAAGUUAUUUUUUAUUAGAAAUGUUUCUUACUUAUGUUUGUUAAGUUUCUGUUGGUUUUGUUGCCAAAGCCAUCAAGAAACAGUUGACUGAGGCAGUGAAAUGCACAAAUUUUGCCUGGUCCUGCUUGCAAUGUACUGGUUAGAUGGUUAUUUUUAAUUAAACUAUGGAUUGUAAGUACAAUGA